CCCAUGGUUCCUUGGAGUCUGUAUAAAGUCACAGCUUGUGCAAGCACGCACGACAACGCUGCUGAAGCCAGUCUGAGAAGCUCACCCUACCCAGCGCCAGCGCCAGCACCAGCACCAGCACCAUGCCUAUGCUACUGGGAUACUGGAACGUCCGCGGUCUAACACACCCGGUCCGCCUGCUCCUGGAAUACACGGACUCAAGCUAUGAGGAGAAGAGAUACACCAUGGGAGAUGCCCCCGACUUUGACAGAAGCCAGUGGCUGAAUGAGAAGUUCAAGCUGGGCCUGGACUUUCCCAAUCUGCCCUACUUAAUUGACGGGUCACACAAGAUCACCCAGAGCAACGCCAUCCUGCGCUACCUUGCCCGCAAGCACAACCUGUGUGGGGAGACAGAGGAGGAGAGGAUUCGUGCAGAUGUUGUGGAGAACCAGGUCAUGGACAACCGCAUGCAGCUCAUCAUCCUGUGUUACAGCCCAGACUUUGAGAAGCAGAAGCCAGAGUUCUUGAAGUCCAUCCCUGAGAAGAUGAAGCUCUACUCUGAGUUCCUGGGCAAGCGGCCAUGGUUUGCAGGGGACAAGGUCACCUAUGUGGAUUUCCUCGCUUAUGACAUCCUUGACCAGCACCGUAUAUUUGAGCCCAAGUGCCUGGACGCCUUCCCAAACCUGAAGGACUUCCUGGCCCGCUUUGAGGGCCUGAAGAAGAUCUCUGCCUACAUGAAGAGUAGCCGCUUCCUGCCAACACCUGUGUUUUCAAAGAUGGCCCACUGGUCUAACAAGUAGGCUCCUACCACGCUGGCACUCACAAGGAGAACCCACCUGUCUACCCUAGGGAUUCCUCGGGGCCUGGCCUUCUGCUCUGCUACCUUCCUGUUCUCACUUCUCUCUCCUUCCCACUCCCUUUUCCACCGUCGUCAGUCAGCCCCAUCUCCUCAGCCCUGACCUAGUCAAGCCCGUGCACUCUUCAUUCUCUCCACUUUCCCCCUCUCCACUUGUGCCCUAACCCAACAUCACAGUCCUUUUCUCUGGUUUGAGGUCUGCCCUGAACUCAUGCUCCCUAGAAUCACCCUAAAGGUCAAUAGUGUCUCAGUGCGAGCUCAUUCCUGGUGGAGGAGCUGCCCCCGCCUGUCUCAUCUCCAAUAAAGCCUGAAAUCUG